CCGCGGAAAAUUGUCCCUCCUGCCCCUCCAACUUGCUUUCUCAGCGCCAUUAAUUUACAUAUUUUUCGGGAGGCGUGGGAUGAUCCGGCAGGCUGGCCCUUAAUUGACACCCUCUCGUCCCCAGCAUCCGCUGCUCCGUCAUUUUUUUUCCCAUUACGCCUAAUUGCAACCUUCCCAUUAUCUACUCUCAACUCUCCCGCCACGUUCAACGUAUCAACUCCGUCAAAUUUUUUAUUGAAUACAUAUUCCUCCAAAUUAUCUGGUGGUGACGCCACUUUCUCCUGGGCGUUGAGAGUCAGCCGGCGUUUGUGGGGUGAUCUCGUGCCUGGGGCAUUCUUGGAUCCAGCGCAAUGUUACCUUCAAUUCCGGAUAUCAGGGAUUACGAUAUCUCUCCCGAAAAUGGAUUCCUUCCUUCUCAGCCUCCAUUGGAAAUACUCCCGGACCCAUAUUAUGCCAAAUGGGAGAGCAUUGUCGCAAAUUUGCAAGGCUUAUUAUUAACCAAGCGGCUGCGUGGCGUCGUUGACCGACUACCCACUCUUUCAACAGAUCGGCUGUGCACUGAAGAAGAGUGGCGCAGAGCACACCAGGUCCUGGCAUUCCUGGUACAUGGAUAUAUUUGGGGUGGAAUACGUCCAGCAGAUCGAGUCCCGCCUUGCAUUUCAAUUCCCUUUUUGGAGACAUGCGAGCAUCUCGAGCUACCGCCCGUAGCAACUUAUGCAGCCGUCGUGCUCUGGAAUUUCAAGCCGCUCUUCCUCGAUGAACCCUUUGAUAGCUUAGAAAACCUCGCGACCCUCAACACCUUUACCGGCUCUCUCGACGAGUCGUGGUUCUUCCUCGUCUCCGCCGCGAUCGAGGCGCGAGGGGCUCCUAUCAUCCCUGAGAUGUUGACAGCCAUCGCUGCUGCUCGGCGAGGCGACAGUGCCACAGUAACUGCUAACUUGCACUCUUUCGCCGAACGUCUCGAUGAGCUUGGCGCUCUUCUACAACAAAUGUACGACAAUUGCGACCCGCGCGUGUUCUACCAUAGGAUUCGACCAUUCCUGGCUGGAAGCAAGAACAUGGCCGACGCCGGCUUACCCAAUGGCGUCAUCUUCGACGACGGCACUGGCAACGCAAAUUAUGUGCAGUAUAGUGGCGGUAGCAAUGCGCAGAGCUCCUUGAUUCAGUUUUUUGAUAUUGCAUUGGGAAUCGAGCACCGGCCCACGGGCGAGAAGCGUACGGAAGGAUCUGAGAGCGACGGAUCCAGCGGGAAUCGGCCCUCGUCGCACAAUUUCAUCCAGGAAAUGCGCAAAUACAUGCCUGGGCCGCACCGGAGAUUCCUUGAACGGGUUUCUGAUGUGGCAAAUAUCCGAGAAUAUGUCGAAUCGCACAAGUCUGACCGGGCUCUAUGCAUUGCGUAUGAUGCUUGUCUCGCCAUGCUCCGAUCUUUCCGGGAUAAGCACAUCCAAAUUGUUUCUCGCUAUAUCAUCAUCCAGUCACGCGAGUCGCGAUCACACUCACGUUCAAUAAGCCCUAAGGUGACACGCACAGUGAACAUUGCUUCGGCUGCACAUUCAGCACAAGAUGGUCGAUCAACAAAUCGCAAGCUACAUGGCACAGGUGGCACUGCGCUGAUUCCGUUCCUUAAGCAAGCGCGCGAUGAAACUGGUGAGCCGGCAAUUGACGCCUGGGCUCGACGACUUCUCAGCAACGGGCCGGCUGACAACAGCGCCUUUGCAACUCUCAAUAAGAUGGGUGAACACGCGGAUGGGGCAAUUGAGAUUGUCGGUUUGGCAGGCACCUGGGCCAUGGAUGAUAGCGAGGGAGGUAUUUGUCACUGGUAGUGUUUAGGGCCUACCUUUGCUAGGGACCUCUAUGCUCUCUUUUGUUGUUCCUUUAUCACUAUCGGCUUUUCGGCGCUUGACUUGCUUCCUAAUGAUCGAGGUCCGAUGUUUGGUUUUCUAUGUCACUUAUUCCCCUAUCAUGAAUGGCGUUUGGGUUGGGAACUAUAAAACGGGAUGGAUGCAUUUGGCUGUUAAUUUAAUUUCUGCGAAUUACCUACUCUUGUUUCAUUUGCAGCGGUUGAUGUCAAGACUCGAGAGCAUGAUUACAAGUUUCUUAUGUAUGUGCUCUUUCACCAGAACUGUACAGUUUUUCAUCUUUUGCUUGCGACAUUUUCAUUCCCCUUUUCCAUAGAAUCGCUAUAUUUGAUCGCUGCAUUGCUGUACAAAGUCACCUGAGCCUUACCAAGGGCGCCGCUUAAUGUAAUGAAGUUAUAAUCUUUUCAUGAGAUGG